CGAACAACUUGCGUCAGUUGAAAAUUGUGUUUCAAACGCGCCACACACACAUUACACAGUUCUUUUCAAUUUUCUAAACAAAUAACAAAAAACACAAUGGCUCCACGCAACAAGGAACAGGAACAGGAAGUCCUCAAUUGGGUCUUUGCCGUGCUCGGUGAGAAGGUGCCCAGCGGCCAGUAUGAGGAUAUCCUCAAGGACGGCAUCUGGCUGUGCAAGCUGGCCAAUAAGCUGGCCCCCGGAUCCAUCAAGAAGAUCCAGGAGCGUGGCACCAACUUCCAGCUGAUGGAGAACAUCCAGCGCUACCAGGCGGCCGUCAAGAAGUACGGUGUACCCGAAGAGGAGAUCUUCCAGACAGCCGAUCUGUUCGAGCGUCGCAAUAUUCCACAAGUUACUCUCUCCCUCUACGCUCUGGGACGUAUUACGCAAAAGCAUCCAGAGUUCACUGGCCCCACUCUGGGCCCCAAGAUGGCGGACAAGAACGAGCGCGUCUUCACCGAGGAGCAGCUCCGUGCCCACGAGGGUGAGCUUAAUCUGCAGAUGGGCUUCAACAAGGGCGCCACUCAGUCCGGCCAUGGCGGCUUUGGCAAUGCCCGUCACAUGUAAACACACAAAAAACACCCACCCACACCCACACUCAGAUACACCCCCACACAAAUACACAAAAAUCUAAUUAGUUCAAACAUAAAAAAAAAAAAAAGAUUCUUGCGUAUGAUUUAAGCAGUGCAAAAGCUCUAAAUGUAAUUUAUAUAAUAUGAAAACAAAUAAAUUAAUUAAUUUUAA